GCCAACCGCUGCGCAGACACUCAAAACCCAUUUACGCAAAUCCAUUGAUGCGAGAGAUGCUGCUCAGUCAGUCUGCAGCCAAGAGGAGUGAAGGACUUCUGAAAAGUGAAGACAAGGUGAAGCUUGUCAAUACAUCCUCCCCCUCACAAAGGACACAAAGGGGGGCCGACACUAUAAAAGAAGUGUAUGUUUCCUCAACAUUCACACUCUUCUGCGGUCCUCAUCUUUCAACCUUUGGUCUCAACUAAAGCGCUAAGAUGACUCUCUUCGAUGACAUUUACCCAUUCUACCCUCUACAAAGAUCCUCCUUCCUCUUCAGUGGCCAUUUGAUCACAAUAAUUCUAGUCUUUCUUUUGCUAGCAGCCAGUCUUCUUAUCAUUUUGCCAGGGAUACGAGGGAAGUCGAGGCUGUUCUGGAUGAUUCGAAUAGUUACCAGCUUGUUCAUAGGUGCAGUGUUAGUGGCGCUCAACUACACCGACGACUGGGCUGAGGCAAGAAUGACCACUAAUGCCACCUAUAAGUCUUUCAGCGACGCAGUGGUUAAUGCUGACAUCGGCUUGCAUAUUGGGCUGUACGGUAUCAACGUGACACUAAAGGGGAACCCCAUUGUACAGUUCAAUGAGACCAUAGACUACAAUGAGAUGUUCAGCUGGCAUGACACUAUUGAAGAAGAGUAUGAGGAAGCUCUGGAGAAAGGUUUACCCAACCCCAUCCUGUACAUAGCUGAGAAAUUCACCAUAAGCAACCCAUGUGGACUCAUCUUUCAGUACAGAUACUCUGGCCGAUACGCCUCGGCAACCCUCUGGACGGCUUUCUGCUGCUGGAUUCUCGCCAAUAUCCUCUUCUCCAUGCCGGUCAUUCUGUACGCCGGGUACAUGAUGAUGGCCACCGCUGCCUUCAUCUUCUUCGCCAUGGCUUCUUUCUCCACUAUCAUGAACGCACCUCAGUGUGUUUUCUCCAUAGGAUCCGAUUCAUUUGAAGCACAGUACAGCCAUUCAUUCUGGCUGGCUCUGGCUACAGGUUUGCUGUGCACCAUCAUCGGUGUUCUGGUGACGCUGUUGCACUUUCUCAUACCAGAGAAGAUGAAAGAGGCUUUCAGUGUUGGUGUCGACAGUUAUGAAGAUGAGGAUGUUUCUUAUGGGGAGGGCUACCUUAACGCAGUUUUUCUUGAUGGAGUGACAAUUUCACCGCUGUCAUCAAAAGUCAGAGAGGAACAAAUAUGACGCUGUCCUGGUUUCCCUCGGGGAGCUUUUCCAGCCAAUACUUGAAGAUAUUUCUUGCUGAAUGUGUUACAGAUUAAGUGUCUUAUUUCUCAUCUGUUUUAAUUAUCUUUGUGAGCCUGUGAAGUGUUAUACAUCAUUGAACUGUACAUAGUUGUAUUUGUGAAGUUCUAAUGUCAUGUUGCAAUAGUUGUAGGAACAGUAUAUGAAGUUGUAUGGGAUCCAUGCAGUAUGUAUAUAAACUGAUCAAUAAGGAAUCUGUCAUUGUUCAACUUCCUUUCGUUCAUUUCAAAUGAAAGAUGAGACAAAUCGUUAAUUUGACGACUUUCUUCAGAAUUCAUGGAAUGCAUGCACAUAGCCAUGGCAACACUAUGUGGCUUACUUUGAUCAUACUUCCUGUGGGUUGAAGUAUCUUUAUUUCACAGCUUCUAAGAU